UUUUAAAUAACCCUUAGCAUAGUGUGCUUACACACUACACAGGCGCUUUGACAUCGCCUUGGUGGUGCGGCUGCAACGCACAGAGUUAAAGGGAGAAAGGUCAAACAGAAUAGCCGCACGUACGGUAACAAAUCAAUGGCUUCCUCGGUGGGAAAUAAUUUGAAAAAGCGUGCCCUGGCACUGCUGGCCGCAGGCUCCGAGGAGAUGGAGCUGGUCGUGGCCGUCGACGUGCUGCGCCGUUGCGAUAUUGAUGUGACAGUCGCCCUGGUACAGGGCGGCGACGGGGCCACGGACCCAAGCAACGCCGAUCUGGUGGCCCGCUGUUCCCGCAACGUUAACGUGCAAGCGGACGUAACGCUGGCCAAAUACGUGCGAGAGCAGAUCCGCGACGAAGCGACCCUUCCCGAUGCCAUCAUCCUUCCCGGGGGCCUCGAAGGAUCCCGCCUGAUGGCCCAGGCACCGGCAGUCGGCGAGCUGCUGCGUCACUAUGAAAAAAGCGAAACGAAAAUCGUGGCCGCCAUCUGUGCCGCACCGACCGUGUUUGCCGCUCACGGUUCACUGUUCGGGGGCCGCCGCCUCACGUCCUAUCCGGCCUUCAAGGAUACGCUUACCGGUGCGGGAUACGCAUGGCAGGAACCGGACCAAUCGCCAAACGGGCGGGUGGUACGCGAUGGCAACCUCAUCACCAGUAUGGGCCCAGCGACAUCGUUUGAUUUUGCCUUGACGGUCGGUGCAGCGCUGGUGAGCCAGGAGGUAGCGGAAAAGGUAGCGAGCGCCAUGCUCUACCAGUGGCCCCAUUGAACGGAAACGAACACGGCAACACGCGGGACCGGUGAGUUGCGAUAAAGCAUGGAACAGUUCAUAUUUGUGCCGCAUAAAACAGGUCACCUCUCAGGCUAGAAAUAAGCUAGACCACAUGGUAAAAGUGUCCUUUUUUGUAGAUAUUUUAUCUAGCUAUCCAGCUCAAAAUAGCGAUUAAAUUUGUUGUGCCGUCGUUGCGGAUGAAUUUA